AUGGCCACUCGCAACAGUAUCAUAGCCGCAGUGCAGCGGUCGAUGGUCCGAAGAAAGCCUUCCCCACAACUACGAGAAGCCGCCAAGAAGACCAAAUGGGAUAUUGUCAAGGGCGACAAGGUCCAAGUGAUUGGCAAACAUCCUGAACGUGGCAAGCAGGGCGUUGUCAAGGUGGUGCUGAGAUACAAGGAUCGUGUUAUUGUGGAAGGUGUCAACUUGGGACCCAAACACGUCAAGGGAAAUCCAGCUGUGGGCCUUAAGAGCCGCGUGGAGCAAGUGGAACGAUCGAUACACUAUUCCAAGGUCAAUCUGGUGGAUCCAGCCUCUGGAAAACCAACUCGAGUGUACAAAAAGUUCUUGGAGGAUGGUACCAAAGUACGAGUCGCCAAGAAAAGUGGAGCCAUCAUACCGAAACCGGAUCCGCCAGCGAAAAUUCCACCUCCAGCCUUUGUCAGUGACAAGGACACCGUAGAUGAAGAUGUGUGGGAGAUUACCUACGACAAAUACAACAUGUAG